AUGAAAUACGGUGAACGAACAGUUUUGAAAAACAUAACUCUCACAAUUCUCCCGAAACAGAAAAUAGGAAUUGUUGGUAGAACCGGUGCUGGAAAAUCGUCGAUAAUUUCGACACUUUUCCGACUCUACGAUAUCGACGGAAUUAUUAAAAUUGAUGGGGUGGAUAUUCAAGACCUCUCCUUGGAUUACUUACGUUCCAAUAUCGCUUUGAUUCCGCAAGACCCUCUCCUAAUCAGUGGCACGAUCCGUGAAAAUAUUGAUCCUUUGAGCAAAUGCCAGGACGAGGAAAUUUGGAAGAUAAUCAAAAUUGUCAAUCUCCAAGACUUUGUGACUAGUCUCAGCGACAGGAUUGAUAACAGUACGAGUUUGAGUGCUGGGCAAAAACAACUCUUGUGUUUAGCAAGGGCUAUAGCUCGCAAGAACAAAAUUAUCGUUUUGGAUGAAGCUACAGCGAAUUUGGACAGUGAGGCGGAUUCUCUCAUUCGGAACGUUAUCGAGGAGAAUUUUGCAUCUGCGACUGUGAUCAUAAUCGCCCAUAGAUUAGUUUCGGUGUUAGCGGCCGAUGUUGUAAUGGUCGUUGAUGAUGGACAAAUUGUUGAACAAGAUAAACCCGACAAGUUGUUAGAAGAUAAAAACAGUCUAUUUUUUGAAAUGAUUAAGCAGACUUGA